AUGGCUUCAGAUCUCACCCCUCUCGUUUUGGACGCCCUCGCUUCGACGAACGAUCCAAUUCUCUCCAGCGAUGCUUUCCCCUCAGCCCCGCCGACGACAGUCAAGUCCGCGCUGGACCGCUUGAGUUCACGGGAUAUGGUACAAUAUGAAACUAUAGAGCGGGAAGAUGCGAUUUUGUCUCCUGAGGCGGAAGGAAUCGUCGCCAAUGGCAGUCAUGAGGCCAAAGUCUUCGAGGCUGUUCGAGCUGCCCUGGACGGAUUGAAGAUUGCUGAUUUGCCAAAUGUUGUCGGAAAGGAUGCGGCUAAGGUCGGUGCAGGCAAUGCGUUUAAGAAGGGCUGGAUUAAGAAAGAUAAAGACACUCUGAGAGUGGCAACCGAUACUAUCGAGGAUACGGCCAGGGAGCAACUUUUAACUAUUCAAAGGACGAAGACAUACUCCGAUGCAAAGGUUCUCGCAGACUUAAAAAAAAGAAAACUUAUCACGAUGCAAAAGGUGAUAAGCUAUAGAAUAACAAAGGGGCCCAAAUAUGCCAGGGAAUUCGUCAAAGAGCAAACCGAUCUCACAGUCGAAAUGCUCGCAGAUGGAUCGUGGAAGACUGCCAACUUCAAGCCGUACAAUUUCAAUGCUAAGGGAGCGGUGACUCCCAGUGGCGCAUUCCAUCCUCUAAAUAAAGUGCGUCAUGAAUUCAGGCAGAUUUUCUUCGAGAUGGGCUUCGAGGAGAUGCCUACAAACCGCUUUGUUGAAACCGGGUUCUGGAAUUUCGACGCUCUUUUCGUCCCUCAACAACACCCUGCCCGUGACCUUCAGGAUACUUUCUAUAUUUCAGAUCCUGCGGUUGCGGAUAAGCCACGCGAAGAUCCAGAGGAUCAUCCUCAUCUUUCAAAAUCAUUGAAUCCGGUCAGUUACACCAAAACCGAAUCAAGAGGAAAAUUAGACUAUGACCGUUAUUGGAAUGAUAUCCAUGCUAUACAUGAAAGUGGGAAAUACGGCUCUAUCGGUUACCGGUACCCAUGGAGUGCAGCUGAAUCCCUUCGCCUUGUUCUCCGAACACACACAACCGCCGUAUCAGCAUACAUGCUUCACAAACUGGCACAGAACCCCCGCCCCGCAAGAUACUUCAGCAUUGACCGCGUGUUCCGUAAUGAAGCCGUUGAUGCUACGCAUCUGGCUGAAUUUCACCAAAUUGAAGGUGUUAUUGCUGAUUUCGGCCUUUCUCUUGGUGGCCUGAUUGGCUUCAUGGAAGUCUUCUUCGCUAAGAUGGGUAUCCAUGGCCUUCGUUUCAAGCCCGCGUACAACCCGUACACUGAACCCAGUUUGGAGAUUUUCGGUUAUCACCCAACACUGAAGAAGUGGGUUGAAAUAGGAAACAGCGGUAUGUUUAGACCUGAAAUGUUGGAACCGAUGGGAUUGCCAAAGGAUAUGAGAGUCUAUGGAUGGGGUUUGAGUCUUGAGAGACCAACAAUGAUCAAGUAUGGUGUAAACAACAUCCGUGAGCUUCUUGGACACAAAACCGAUCUCAAUUUCAUUGAAUCGAACCCGGCGGUACGUCUAGAGAAAGAGUAG